AGGCUAGACAACACAUUGCAUCAGACAAGCAGACAAGGGCGAGGGAACGACACGCAACCGGUUGUCGUUCGAGAUUGUUGAAGCCUAAAGUGACUAUUAGAAACGUUAAAAUGGCAGAAACGAAUUCAUUAGAUGAAGAGAAGAAGGGUCUAACCGACAUGAAUGACUCUGCGGCCGUAGAAAUAGACCAUGAUGAUUCUACGGUGAAAUUUCUCAAUGGCGGCAAGGGCAUCGACGCGAAAGAGGACAGCGGAUCGGGUGACAUCUCGUUCACAGGACUUGGGAAAGAGGAGUUGAUGAAGUAUGCCGACGAUCCAUUUUGGAAGAAAGUCAGAAUAUUCCUGUUCGUUCUCUUUUGGGUAGGAUGGUUGGCCAUGUUGAUUGCAGCAAUCGUCAUUAUCGUGCUGGCUCCUCGCUGUCCAUACCGCCCCGAUACGAAAUGGUACGACGAAAACACUGCAUACCAAGUAUACCCCAAAUCGUUCAAGGACAGUUCGGAAAGCCAAAGUACAGAACCAUCUGCCGGAGUAGGGGAUCUAAAAGGUCUAUCCAGCAAGUUACCCUACUUCAAAGAUCUUGGAGUGAAGUCACUGUACAUCAAUUCUUUCUACAAGUCUGGAAAUCAGGACAAUGGGAUGGAUGUGGUUGACCAUAAACAGAUUGACUCCAUCUUUGGCACAAUGGACCAGUUUAAGGGAAUCCGUAAACAAACCAAAAAUGAGAUGCGUAUCAUCUUGGACUUCAUUCCUAACCAUACAAGCCGUAAUCACACUUGGUUCGAGAGCAGCAGGAAGAAGGAAGGAGAAUACAAAGAUUACUACGUCUGGGCACCUUGUACACAGAACAGCAUGCCUAACAACUGGCUGAGUGUGUAUGGUGGAUCUGCCUGGGAGUAUGACUCAGAACGCCAGGAAUGCUACUUGCACACAUACCUGAAGGAAGAGCCAGACCUUAACCUCCAAAAUCCAGAUGUGCUGAGGGAGUUAGAUGAAAUUUUCCGUUUUUGGUUGGACCUGGGAGUGGAUGGAUUCAAUAUCAUUGGAGCAGAGCACUUGGUAGAAGCAAAUUCCACUGCUAACGAAACAUUGAGUGGUUUGCCUGUCUCUACAACUGAUUAUGCAUAUUUGGAACACACUCUUACUCGCAACCAGCCAGAGUCCGUCUCCCUCAUUAGUAGGUGGAGAUCUAUUGCCGAUAGCUAUGCAACUAAACCAGGAAAAGAAAAGAUGUUGAUGGUAGCAGCAACUGGAAGCAUCAAUGAAACCAGCAUGUAUUAUGGUACAGCUAGCAAGAAAGGUGCUCACUUUGUACUUACAUCUCCUGUAGACUUCUCCAAACCUGUGACUGCAAGCAAUAUAGAAUCCAGGAUCCGUGACUUCUUAGAUGCUGGCCAAACCAAACGGGCAUGGACUUAUGGGAACCAGGAUGAGUCUCGUCUUGCCACUAAAGCUGGAAGUAAGAUGGUGAAGGCAAUGUUGGCCCUCCAGAUGUUGCUGCCCGGCUUACCUGUCAAUUACUAUGGUAACGAGAUAGGAAUGGAGAAUGGCAACAUCCCCUACGCAGACAGAAAGGAUAUCUUGGUGGAAAGUGUAUCCUUGGCCAAUUAUGACCAGAGUAAGAGUAGAGACCCAUACCGUACGCCAAUGCAAUGGACUAGUGGUGUGAAUGCUGGUUUCUCGGUUAACAAACCUUGGCUGCCAGUCAAUAGCAAUUCUGUCAAAGUAAAUGUUGAGACUGAAACUGCAUACUUCAGUGACAGAAAUAUGGACGAGACACAACUCUAUGCCUUCAGGAACUUGACAGAAAUCCGAGAAGAAGAAUCUUUCCAGUGGGGCAAGACCACUGUAGGUACUGUACACGACAGUCUGUGGUUUAAACGCCAUGCAGAGGGAUUCCCGGGCUUUGUUGUCCUUGUGAACCUGGGCACGGGAAGCCAGACUGUGAAGAUGAACAAGGUCGCAGAUAUGCCUGCCCAAGUGGAGCUAGUGUUUCACUCCCAGUACAGGAUCGCAGAGAUUGAGAGCAACCUUGACUUUGACAAGAAAUCUGUUUCCAUUAAUCCUGGCCAAGUCCUUGUUUUCAAGUUUGCAUAAAUUUUAAAAGAUUGAAGCGAAGAUUGAAGCAUGUGUCAAUUUAUCAGUAUAUCUAACCAUAAUAUUGAACCUCUCUUUUUUUGCAUAAAUAUGUCACGAAAACAUACAUAUUUUGUUGAAUAUAAAUUAUGCUGUGGAAAAUAAUCCCGAAAAUGUUUUGCAAGUUAAUUUAAUUCAAGUUGCAGAUUUUGAAUUAUUGACAAAUGCAUAGGGUGUAUUCCUCUUUUGAACAUGAUUAAAUUAUUAUUGAAAAUCAAAGUACUUUGUAAUAUAGUAUCUUUAAAAUAUUACUUGAAAUAAACCUUUAAAAUAUUAAAGUUGACACAUGCUUUCAUCACAUGAACAUAAAAUUGCAUCUUUACUGAUAAUGUAAUUGAGGCACUGACUGCAUGAUGACCCUACUAGGGCAGAAAGUCUGUUGUAUCUUUCUUUAUCAGUGUUGAUCAUAUUUGAAUUUGAACAGCUACCCGUCGACCAGGACAUAUUGUUUGCAAACAUUUGCUAAAAUGAAACCAAAAGAACAAAAGAAAUCCAAUCAAAUAAAAAAGUUAACAUCUUA